AUGGUCCCUGCCUUGCGCCCAAUCGAUUUUGGGGUACCCAUCCCAUUUAAGGUCGAAGUUGAAACAUCAGCUCAGGAAUAUACACCUCCACAAUAUCUUACCCUACUCUUUACAGAUCUGGGCGUCCGAACACUAUCAGUAAAGAUAUCACAUCAUCUAUCUCCAUCGCAACCCAUUCACUUGGACCACAAGAUCAAGCUUUCAGGGAGUAGUCCUGCUGGAACGGCAUGCUAUGAUAUCUUGGUGGAUGUGCCCUUCCCUAUACAGAAGGAAUUCAAUGCUUUGCUCGCUGACACAGAGAAAACCAUAGAGAUUGAUGCUUGUGAUGAAGACAUUUGCACUGCCAUAAGGAAGAUCCAUGAGCAUCGCAGGAGAUAG